AUGAGAAACUGGUCCGCUCCCCAUGCUAGGUAUCAUGAGCCCAUCCGUGGCCUUGGUUUCCGAAGACUCCUCAAGAAACAUGGGUUACAAGUCUACCUUAUAGACGAGUACAAGACCAGUAGGUGCCGUCCAACAUGCCACAACGAGAGCCUCCACACGUUCCGUUGUGUUCCAAAUCCACGACCGUAUCAACGUGAGCGAUGUCCUGCUGUUGUCUGCCAUGGCCUUUUAGGAUGCACCAAUCUAUACUGUAGACCCGCCAUGGCAGCUCCAGAUAGAUAUCGCUUAUGGAACAGGGAUGUUGCUGCUUGUCUCAACUACAUGCACAUCCUACGUGAGCUUCGACGUAAUGGCAUGGUUCCUCAUAGGUUUCGCCGGGUUGCUGUUGCUCCUACAAGAUGUCGAAGAAGAGUGGAUGAUCAGGAGCAGCCAAGAGCUAGAAUACGUUUAGACGAUGAUUCUCCGUCCUAG